CUUCCUCUUACUCUACCGGUACCAGUAGCUUGCGCCCACGGUACUUUCGUUUCAAGUAAGUCUACUAGAACAAAAGUGGAACAUUCACAAUCUCAAGACCAGGGUCCUCAGCUUAAUAAAGCACACAAAACUGCACAAGGUUCAAUACAUUCUAAUCUAUCUAUCCUUCAAAGCAACUCAAAUUGUUCAAGAUGGUACCCCCAAGCGCCAAGACCAGCAGCACCUCCCCUACAGUGACCCGACGACCAGUCUCCCCCACAAUGAGUCUCUUGGAUCUGCAAUCCCGACGAGCUUGGACGGAAAUGAACACUGGAUCUACCAGCUCUCCUUUGCCUCGAGCAAGUUUGCGGGCGAUCAUGGCUCCUUACAGCCCAGCCCCCGCCGCAUCCAGGGAGGAUUACCUCCUCAACGUGAUUGACGAUGCCCUUGAUUUGCUUGGCGAGAGGCCAGUCCAGGCAACAAGAUCUUCGUUGGUUGCUCCUCCUCCGCAACGAAACCGAAGAGGCACCAAUGCCAACUUUCCUCCCACGAACUGAUGGUUUGAACGUUUGAACUGCCCGCUUGGCAGACCACUUCCACAUUCAGGCAAUCAGUGAACGAGCUAGCUACAUCAUUGGGGCACUUCUCUAUGCAGGACGAGAACGUCAACGGGAAAUGAAUCGAAUCUCCAAUGUCCAAAGCCAAGAAAAUGUAUGACCUCUAUGUCUCCAUAUUCACGUGGGUACACAGUCUUUCACGAACAUCGUGUCAGUAUUCAUUGAGCCCUAUUACAAUUAAUCAUUAGUACGGUAUACUUG